AUGAUGACAGUUCUGCGAAAAAGUCUCCAACGUUCCCGACUUUUGGCUCGAAGCAGGAGGGUGACACUUCAGAGAAAAAACCUGCGCUAUCGUUUCCUUCUUUCGGGAAUGCAAAGGGCGACAAGAAGGAUGAUGAGAAAAAGCCCUUGUCGUUCCCAUCGUUUGGAAGUUCCACUACAAAUAGCGCGGCACCUUCUGGUGGACUACAAUUUUCUUUUGGAUCUUUGCCAAAAACGAGCACCGAAGAUCAGAAAGGAGAUGGUGAGUAAGAUUUUGGAGUAG